AUGCACCACUCCACAGGCAUCUGGCUCAAAGCCUCAAAGGUCAACCACUCUUGCAUGGCCAAUUGCAAACGAAGCUUUAUCGGCGACCUCCAAAUCAUUCGAGCAACUCAAGACAUCCUAGCCAACACAGAACUCUUUUUCUGGUACCGAGAACCGACUUGCGAUUACGCUGACAUGAAAAAAGAGAUGCAACAUUGGGGAUUCGAAUGCACAUGCAACAUCUGUGACGAGUCCAAGAACUUGGUCAAGGAUAUCUCUAGAAAGAGGAAAACAUUGUUGAUUGGUCUUCAACGUUCAAUCAAACAGAAACAUGUCAGUAUCGAAAGAGUUGAGCGUCAAUUGAAGGUAUACGAAGCAACAUUCAAGAAGCCAGCAACAGAGCUCCCUAGGAUGAGUGUUUUCAACAUAUAUAUCGCACUGUCCAAGUUUUACGGUAAGACGCAGCAGCUAAAGAAGUGCGUGGCGAUGGGUUUGAAGGGAUUAGAAAGUCUCGGUUUUGUUAUUUACGGUGGACAUCUCGACUCUGCCCGUACAACCCUUUAUAUCGAGAAAUGGGGUGUAUUUCAGGAAUAUGUCAUUCAAGCUUUGAUCUGUCUUUGUGAUAUUUAUGUGGUUUUUGCACCUCAUUCGUUGGAGAAGGCAGAGGGAUAUGCGAAGUUGGUGUAUAAGAUGUCUGUUGGAGAGGAUGCUACUUUUGAUACUUUCUAUAAGCAAGCUUCGGGACGUUAA